AUGACAGAGGAAGUAGACAGAAGACAUGGCGUGAAUGGUAACAGCAGCAGUAAGGGUGCGAAUGAGGAUGCUCCUGUGAACAGUUCUGCUCUCACUGCUACUGGUGGGAGGCUUAAGUUUUUCAAAGAUGGAAAGUUUAUUCUGGAGUUGGUGCGCGGGUGCGCACGAGAAGGCGAACGUGCUGGCUGGGUGUCGGUGCCACGUAAGACGUUCUGGCCGCCGGCCGCCGCGCCGCCCACGCCACCCGCAGCUGCGCACCCGCCCUCCGCCUCGCUGUCUGUCUCUGACGACAACAGCUCCGUGCAGUCUUCGCCGUGGCAGCGCGACCACUGCUGGAAGCAAACUGCACCGCGCAGAAACAUUUCCAAAGAGUUAGCCAUGUACUACUGCCGACCCAGCACUCUGCAUACCGCCGCUAUCGAGGUGGCCAGCCGGCUUAAGCGAAGGAGACCGUAUGACACCACUCACCUGGAUGGAAUCGUAAAUGGGACUAAUUCCAGGAAAACAUUAACCAAUGGAGUUAAUGAUAAAAAGAAUGGCGACGUUGGAUCGCCAGACAACAGGGCAUGUCGGAGCGAUGACGUUGUCGACGGCACUGGACCGAAAGUAAAGACCAACUCUGAUGACGAUCGAUGGACUGAUUACGAUCGAGAAAAAUACUAUCACAUGAAACUAAAGAAACCGUAUCAGUAUCGUAAGUUAAGGGUUUAUAAAAAGACGAAACCUGCGCUAAGACGUAAGGAAUUGACUAAAACGAUAAAUAAACUUCGCGAUAGAAUUUCUUCUCUACCUGUGCCUGUUAAUGCUAAAUUAGCAAACUGCAGGCAGGAGCAUAUGAUGGUGUCUCCGAGAAAACGCAUUCUCCGAGAGUUGGAACGAGUAAGUCUUGAAGACCAGAGUAUGAAACGUCGAGCAAAAACAGUGCCCGCUUUAAGUACAGCUUCAUAUCCACCGUCACCUGGUCCUAGCCACACCACGCACAAACCAGUCGUUGAGACGCCGAUACGAUCACAUAAUGGUACGGCAGCACCACGGAAAGAGACGCCAAGUCAUGUUUCCAAGAACGUUAGCAGUUAUAGUAUACACUCUCUUUUAAGUAUGCCAGACGACAGCCCAACAAGGAGGUCUCCAGAGGCGAAGCGGUCUCCGCACUCGCAUCCACCGUCCUUGAAAACCGAGUCACCAUCGAGUGUAAACUCGCCAGAUUUGAGUCCCAGCCCAGAUAAUUACCGUUACCGGUACUCCGCGCUGAUGGGCUCACCAGGCCAGGGUGGGCUAGCACGUGACUCACCUACGCCGCCACUGGAGCUAGCUCGCUACCGGGCGCCCUACCCGCCGCCCACCUCGCCGUACGGCGUGCGGCAGUGGGGCGGUGUAAGCGUGGGCGCGCAAUACCGUGGAUCGCCAGCACGCGACGAGUGGGGUCGGGACAUGGCUUACAUGUACCCGUAUUCUUACAUGGGCCCUCAUUUAUAUCGCACACCGCCGCCGCCGCUCUGGAUGCAGUAUCCCAUGUCACCCGGUGUGCCGCCGGGCCCUUGGGCUCCACUGGCGAUGCCGCUUACCAACGACCACAUACCUAAAGAUGAACCUACUUCAGAUUUGCCGCUCAAUUUGUCGAAACACUGA